UUGAAAACCGUCAAGCAAGUACGGUACUGCAACAAUCGAAAAAUUGCCGGGGUACAAUAAAGAAUCGCACCGAAUUGAAUUAGAGACUCCUCUCCAAUUUUAAGUGCGCCGUAAACGAGUUUAACUGCCUCCCGCCGGUCACCUGACAACAAAAUUGCCCGUUCAGCCGUUUAACUUAUUCAGCCCCCUUUAAAAGAUUUUUUUCCUUCUCCACGGCCAUUUCUACAUGUGCAACAAUGCCGGCAGCGUAAUGGGGUCAAUUUAAUAUCAAGUCGUCCAUCAAUUUCGCAUUGGCAGUCAUCUUUUUUUUUGUUUAAUUGUUUCUUGGUACAAUAUGAAGUACCUUAUCGGGUUCGGGUUGAUCUAUGUCACUUUCGUCACGGCACAACCGAUAAGUGACAAGGACAGCCUUAGGCUCAUCAGUGUGUUUUUCAGACACGGUGCCAGAACCCCCGAGAUGAAAGACACUUACCCCAACGACCCUUACAAGCUGGACACGUUCCAACCCAUGGGCUGGGGUCAGCUAACAAACAAUGGCAAAAAUAUGGCCUUCACCCUGGGCAGAGUCCUAAGGAACCGCUACAAGAAGUUCCUGGGAGAGAUUUACGUGCCAGAAUUUGUACGUACCCAAAGUACUGAUUACGACCGUACUAAGAACUCCGCCCUUUUACUCCUCGCCGGACUAUUUCCUCCCGCCAAAUCUCAGAGGUGGAGUGAGGAGUUGGACUGGCAACCGAUACCAAUCGAGUACGAAAAAGAUCGAGAGGAUCACACUUUAAAGAGGCCGAAUACUUACUGCCCCACUUACCUGAAAGAGCUGGAGGAGGUCCUGCAGUCUGACGAGAUCUUGGCGUACAUAAAAAUGCACAAGAGUAGCUUCCAGUAUAUCGCCAAUCAUACUGGGAAACCCAUUAAUAAAUUAAGUGACGUUUUUCAAAUAUACCAAACGUUAACGGCCGAGGCAACGUUGAAUCUCACAUUACCCGAAUGGACCAACCGCGUUUACCCCGAAGAGGUGACGAAGAUCGCGGCGAAACAGUGCGAAAUCGAAAACUACAAUGACGUCUUAAAGAAACUAAACGGAGGACGCAUGCUCGGCAAGGUGAUCGCCAACAUGGUGGCCAAGACCGAGGGCUCCCUGCACCCCCACGAGAGGAAGAUCUUUUUAUAUUCCGGACAUGAGAAUAAUGUCAUUAACAUUCUGGCCGCGUUGGAUUUGUUUAAAACCCAUUUUCCGAAAUACAGUUCGGCCGUUAUGAUCGAACUUCAUUAUUUGAGGUCUAGGCAGGACUACGCCGUCAAGGUUUUAUACAUCCGAGAUGUGUACAAACCCCCGGAAGAGCUUACGUUAGAGAACUGUGACGUCCUGUGCCCCCUAAAUACGUUCAUUAAGCUGACCGAGAAGCACGUGCCGAAGAACUACACUGCGGAAUGCGAAUCCACCAUUAAUCUAGAUUAACUUAAGUCCCAUAUUUUAUUCGUAAUUUUUCCAUUCUGCUCUCGUUCUAGUCUUUUAUUUAUUUAUUUCACGUCAUCGAUGCUUAAUGACGAAAAAAUAAGAAAAAAAUUUAUUGAUAAGUAUAUUUUUUUUUUAAUAAGAUAAAAAUAGAGUAUCUAGUUUUCUAACCUCAAAAA